CUGUUUGAAAGCAAACGAGCAAAAUCCAGUGACUCAACCCACGGAGCAUUCGCUGAGCGAGUCAAGCGCGGGGAACGCGAGGAUCCGCACUCACAACACAAAACUGAGAGAGUCACUUAAGUCACUCCUCGUCGACUUCAAUUGCUUAAAAUUAAUGCAAGACACAGAAAGAAGAAACUUAGCUAAUGGAACGAUAUCGGUCUUAUGUGCUCUUGUGGGGCGCUUUCUUCAUGUCUACAGUUGUCCUGGACCGUAGCAGCGUUGGGCAUAACUGUAUUCUGAGGGAACUAGCACAGGUGCCACAGAGGAGAACAGGUCUGAACAGAUCAGAGAGAGAAGAUGGCCCAGGAGAACAGAGCACAAGAUCAUACUUAUCAGGAACACAACCAGCAUACUACGGUGGGAUGGUUCCCGGGAUCUUCACGCUGAUGAAGCUGUGUAAGUUCUGUGAUGUGGAGCCUUCCUCCUGUAAUGGGACCGGCAUCUGCCAAGCCAACUGCAGCAUUACCGCCAUCUGCCCAAACUCUGACGAGGUCUGUGUGGCAAUCUGGAGGAAAAACGAGGGUAACUACACAGUUGAGACGAUGUGUUACCCCCCGUCCAAGCCUGUGUACGGGAUGCGUCUGGAGGACUACAAUAGCACCACGUGUGAGAUGAAGGAGCAGAAGUCAGAGAGCGGUCCUGUAUACAUUUGCUCCUGCACAGGAGAGGAGUGCAACGAGAACCUGGCCUUCCCUCACACUAUAGGACCAGGUGCCAUUGAGAACCAGGUGGUGUCUGUGAUCCUGGUCAGUCUGCUGCCUCUGCUUGUCUUGGCUGUGCUGGUCGUCGCCUCCUUUUACUGGUAUCGAAUCCAGCAACGGCGCAAACUCAGCGAGUGGGAGACGAAGAAGCCGCUGAAGCGCAAAGGUCCCAAAGGCCCUCUGGACUGCAGUGAUGCUUGCGCUAUCAUGAUGGACGACGACCGCUCUGACAGCAGCUCCACGCACGCCAACAGCCUGAACCACAACACAGAGCCGCUGCCCCUUGAACUGGACCUGCAGGUGGGCAAGGGCCGAUUUGCUGAGGUCUACAAGGCCAAGCUGAGGCAGAGCUCCUCUGAGCAGUUCGAAACAGUAGCUGUGAAGAUCUUCCCCUACGAGGAGUAUGCUUCCUGGAAGAACGAGAAAGACAUCUUCUCCGACAUCGACCUGAAACAUGAGAACGUGCUACACUUCUUGACGGCGGAAGACAGGAAGUCUGAGAAGCAGUACUGGCUAAUCACAGCCUACCACCCACGUGGCAACCUGCAGGAGUAUCUCACUUGCCACCUCAUCAGCUGGGAGGACCUGCAGCGGUUGGGCGGCUCACUGGCCCAGGGCGUGGCCCACCUGCACAGUGACCACACGCCUUGUGGGAGGCCCAAAGUGCCCAUUGUCCACCGAGAUCUCAAGAGCUCCAACAUUCUGGUGAAGAGCGACUUUACCUGCUGCCUGUGUGAUUUCGGCCUGGGCCUGCGUCUGGACAACUCACUGUCCGUGGAUGACCUCGCUAACAGCGGACAAGUUGGAACAGCCAGGUAUAUGGCCCCAGAAGUACUUGAGUCGAGAAUCAACCUGGAGAACAUUGAGUCAUUCAAGCAGACAGACGUCUACUCCAUGGCUCUAGUGCUAUGGGAAAUGACCUCCAGGUGUAAUGCCAUUGGAGAGGUGAAAGACUAUGAACCUCCAUUUGGCUCUAAAGUGCGAGAGCACCCCUGUGUGGAGAGCAUGAAGGACAACGUUCUUCGAGACAGAGGCCGGCCUGAGAUCCCCAGUGGCUGGAUGAAGCACCCGGGUGUGGCCCUUGUGUGUGCCACCAUCAGUGAGUGCUGGGACCAUGACCCCGAGGCACGGCUAACGGCGCAGUGCGUGGUUGAGCGCUUCAGGGAGAUGGAUGAUGAGCUGGACAAGCUAUCCACACGCAGCAGCUCUGAGGAAAAGAUUCCAGAAGACUGCUCCGUGAGUGUGAGUGAUGACAAGUGAGAAAGGGUGUGCGAGUAUGAGAACGAGAGAGGGAGAGGGCUAGAGCUUCCCCAGCUAUGACUCUGGACUGAGAGAGUGCUCCACUGUGCCUCUCUGCACCACUGACUGGUGUCCAGCUGUGUUCAUCUAUGUUCACCUCAUGUGAUUCCCUCCAAACAGUGGAAACUGGAAGUGUGGAUACAUACAGUAUGUUACUCUGUCUGUGUGUGUGUGUUUUGAUGGGUGUGUAUCAAGGCCAUGAGGUGAGGGCCAUGGGAAAAUAAAGUUUUCCUAAAGAUUUACAUGUCUCUCAUAACCAAAGAGUUUAAUGCACUUUAUCAGAUUGCUAUGCAUAGCUAACAGAAAACAAGCACUAGUGAGAGGAGUAGAUGGAUGGUAUGUCCACUCCUAACAGCUCACCAGGAGCCAGAUGGAAACAGGAACCUGGUGUUCCUAAUGCCAAGGGUUCUGAGCAAUUCUUCACGUAAGCAGGUAUUCAAAACAGAUUAUAUUACAUGUACAUAUUGAUUCAGCACUGUUUUUUUAUCAAAAAGUGUGUGUGUGCGUGUGUAUGCGCGUGUGUAAAUGUGUGCAAGCAUGUUUGACACCAUCUGUAUGAAUGAGAGGUAUGUAUUGUUUUAACAAAUACUUAUAUAUAUUUUACAUGUUUGCCAAAGAAGAAUGCACAGUGUAUAUAAUGGUGUUGGGUGAGAAAAUCUGAUCAUA